AUGGCUCCGCGAAAGGACACGCCGUUCCGCUCGGCGGACAUGAGCAUGGUGCAGCUCUACGUCUCCAACGAAAUCGGUCGGGAGGUUGUUACUGCGCUCGGAGAGCUUGGACUGUGCCAGUUCCGUGAUCUCAAUGAGGAUGUCAGCGCUUUCCAGCGAACCUUUACCCAGGAGAUUCGCCGUCUCGAUAAUGUGGAGCGACAACUGCGCUACUUUUAUGCUCAGAUGGAAAAGGCUGGAAUUACUCUGCGAAAGCUGGAUCUUGAUGCCGAGAAGCUUGCGUCCCCAUCGACGUCGGAAAUCGACGAGCUUGCUGAGCGAUCUCAGAAGCUUGAGCAGCGCAUCUCGGCCCUCAACGACAGUUAUGAGACAUUGAAAAAGCGUGAGGGUGAUCUCACUGAGUGGCGCUGGGUUCUGCGCGAGGCCGGAAGCUUUUUCGAUCGCGCUCACGGCAAUGUCGAUGAGAUUCGCGCGUCAACCGACAACGACGAUGCGCCUCUCUUAUCCGACAUGGAGCAGCAUAACACUGCGCCUGACGUGGAGCGCUCAUUCUCCGGCAUGAACAUCGGAUUCGUCGCCGGUGUCAUCAAUAGGGACCGUGUCGCCGCUUUCGAGCGUAUCCUCUGGCGAACCCUUCGUGGAAACUUGUACAUGAACCAGUCGGAGAUCCCGGAGCCGCUGAUCGACCCAACCAACAACGAAGCCAUCCAGAAGAACGUCUUCGUCAUCUUCGCCCACGGCAAGGAGAUUCUCAACAAGAUUCGCAAGAUAUCCGAGUCCAUGGGCGCCGAUGUUUACAACGUCGACGAGAACAGCGAACUCCGCCGCGACCAGAUUCACGAGGUGAACAACCGCCUCGAGGACGUGCAGAAUGUCCUCCGAAACACCCAAGCUACACUGGAGGCGGAGCUCAACCAAAUCUCCCAGUCGCUGGCUCCUUGGACGGUUCUCAUCGCCAAGGAAAAGGCUGUAUACAGCACGCUCAACCUCUUCUCCUACGAUUCGGCUCGCCGAACCCUCAUCGCCGAAGCAUGGUGCCCCACCAACGACAUGCCUCUCAUCCGGUCUACGCUUCAAGACGUCACCAACCGAGCUGGCUUAUCUGUCCCUUCCAUUGUCAACGAGAUUCGAACGAACAAGAAGCCUCCAACCUACCUAAAGACCAACAAGUUUACAGAAGGAUUCCAAACCAUUGUCAACGCGUACGGCACAGCCACCUACCAGGAAGUCAAUCCUGCUCUGCCGGUCAUCGUCACCUUUCCAUUCUUGUUCGCUGUCAUGUUUGGUGAUCUUGGACAUGCCGUCAUUAUGCUUGCUGCCGCUUUGGCCAUGAUCUAUUGGGAGAAGUCGCUCAAGAAAGUCUCCUUUGAACUGUUUGCCAUGAUCUUUUACGGCCGAUAUAUCGCUUUGGUCAUGGCUGUCUUCUCAGUCUACACUGGUCUUAUGUACAACGAUAUCUUCUCCAAGUCCAUGACCCUCUGGGAUAGCGCAUGGGAGUACGAGCGUCCCGAUAACUGGAAGCAGGGCGAUUCCGUUACUGCUGUCCUCAACAGCAAUGGUUACCGCUAUCCCUUUGGUCUCGACUGGGCUUGGCACGGUACCGAGAACAACCUCCUCUUCACCAACAGUUACAAGAUGAAGAUGAGUAUCAUUCUUGGUUGGGCACACAUGACCUAUUCGCUGUGCUUCGCCUACAUCAACGCCCGGCACUUCAAGAAGCCCAUUGAUAUCUGGGGCAACUUCAUCCCCGGCAUGAUCUUUUUCCAAUCCAUCUUUGGCUAUCUCGUCGUGUGUAUCAUCUACAAGUGGUCUGUUGACUGGCCAGCCGUUGGAAGAAACCCCCCUGGUCUCUUGAACAUGCUGAUCUACAUGUUCUUGCAGCCAGGAAAGCUGGAUGAGCGUUUGUAUGCUGGGCAGGAGUAUGUUCAGACUAUCCUUCUGCUCCUGGCUUUUGCCCAAGUACCCAUCCUGCUCUUCCUCAAGCCCUUCUACCUUCGCUGGGAGAACAACCAUGCCCGUGGUCGAGGCUACCGAGGCAUCGGCGAGACUUCCCGGGUUAGCGCUCUGGACGGCGAUGACGAGAGCGAGGCCCUGGUCGGUGGACACGGCAAUAGUUUUGACGAGGACGAGGGCGUUGCUAUGAUUUCUCAGAACAUUGACGAAGAGCACGAGGAAUUCGAGUUUAGCGAAGUCAUGAUUCACCAAAUCAUCCACACUAUUGAAUUCUGUCUGAACUGUGUUUCUCACACCGCGUCUUACUUGCGUCUUUGGGCCUUGUCACUUGCCCACCAGCAGCUCAGCGUUGUGCUUUGGGAUAUGACGAUUGGCCCCUGCCUAACCAGACCAGGUUUGCUUGGCGUGAUCAUGAUCGUCAUUGGCUUUUACUUGUGGUUCUUCCUUACAAUUGCCAUUUUGGUUUGUAUGGAGGGUACUAGUGCCAUGUUGCACUCUCUGCGACUGGCGUGGGUCGAGUCCUUUUCCAAGUUUGCAGAGUUUGCGGGCUGGCCGUUUGCGCCUUUUGCUUUCAACACGCUGAUAGAAGAGUCGGAGGAGCUGAAGAAUUACCUGGAGUAA